ACUGACAGCUUGACCUAUUUACUACGCAGUUGCCCGCCGGGUUGAGAUGGCUUGGUAAGUGUUUCCCAGCUCAGUUUACGAUCACCUCAGCUGUGCGUCAUGUUUACCCUGAGAGCCGGGUCCUCCCUGGCUCGGGCCGGUGCGGACCUCCGGUGGAAGCGCUGCCUGCCGAGCCGCAGACUGCGCUCCACCGCCGGCUCCUGCUCCGCGACGACCCCGCCGGGGAGCGACGGGAGCCUCGGCGGCCCCCUGAACGCGUCGGCGCGGCCGCGGCCCCCCGGAGAGCCCGGAGAGCCCGCAGAGCCCGCAGAGCUCGGAGCAGCCCGGGGACCCAGCGACGCCUUCACCCCGCCGGUCAACGCGCUCUCCGUGGACUUCGAGGAGACCCAGGAGGCUUUCAAGAGCAAAGACUCACUGGAGCUACUCAGAAGUUUGGUGGUCUUCAAACUUUGUUCCUAUGACUUCCUGGUUGAUAAGAAUAAAGAGAUAAUGGACCUGAGUAAGAAGAUCCUGGGUCCGAAGGCCUUUGACCAGUUCAUGAAGAUGACGUUCUACGGCCAGUUUGUCGCUGGCGAGGACCACCGAGCCAUCAAACCGCUGAUCCAGAAGAACCAGGCCUUCGGUGUGGGCGCCGUCCUGGACUACAGCGUUGAGGAAGACAUCAGCCAGAAGGGUGCUGAGGGCUCAUGUGGAUCAGCUGCGGGGGAAAAGCUCGUAGGCGAGGGCCACGAAAAGGAAAAGCAUGGAGCGCACAAAGGGUUUGGUGACGGAGUCCGCGUGUACUUCCACUCCGACGAAGCCAAGUGCGACCAGCACAUGGAAACGUUCAGAAAGUGCAUCGAAGCGUCUGGCAAAAGUUCGAUGGACGGUUUUUCUGCCAUUAAAGCGACUGCACUAGGACGACCACAGCUUCUGCUCCAGUUCUCUGAGGUGUUGAUGAAAUGGCAGAGAUUUUUCUCGUUCCUGGCGUCAUCGCAGGGGAAAGGUGGCAUGCAGGCUUUGGAGCUGACGCAGCUGCAGGAAUUCUUGAUCAAACUGGGGGCUAAAGGUGAUUACGACGGGUGGUUUUCGAGAAAGAGAGACUCCACAAGCAGAUGUAUCGACAUACUUGACUGGAACAGCCUGAUAGACGACAGAGCACAGACAUCGGAUCUGCUUGUCGUUCCAAACGUGGAGCGAGGUGAGCUGGAGCCUCUGCUGGAGAAGUUCACGGCGGAGGAGGAAAAUCAGCUUAAGAGAAUGAUCGAGCGCCUGGAUGUCUUGGCCAAGCUUGCCUCAGAGAAUGGCGUUCGCCUCAUGGUGGAUGCAGAGCAAACCUAUUUCCAGCCAGCGAUCAACAGACUUGCCUUGGAGAUGCAGAGGAUCCACAACAGAGAGAAGCCAGUCAUUUUCAACACCUACCAGUGCUACCUAAAGGAGGCUUUUGACAACGUGACCAUGGACAUAGAACUGUCCAGAAGGGAGGACUGGCAUUUUGCUGCCAAACUGGUGCGCGGGGCGUACAUGUAUCAGGAGCGAGAGCGGGCUGAGGAGGCUGGAUACGAGGACCCGAUUAACCCCGACUAUGAGUCCACCAAUCGCAUGUACCACAGGUGCUUGGACUAUGUGCUGGAUGAGAUUGCACGCAACGGAAGUUCCAACGUGAUGGUUGCUUCCCACAAUGAGGAUACAGUGAAACACACUUUGAGAAGGAUGAGCGAGCUGGGCCUCUUCCCUACAGAGAACAAGGUGUAUUUUGGUCAACUGCUGGGCAUGUGUGAUCAGAUCAGCUUCCCACUGGGCCAGGCGGGUUUCCCCGUCUACAAGUACGUUCCUUACGGGCCGGUGAGUGAGGUGAUGCCCUACUUGUCCCGGCGAGCGCAGGAGAACCGAGGCUUCAUAAAGGGCGUCCUGAAGGAACGGGAGCUGCUGUGGAAGGAGCUGAAACGCAGACUCACCUCCGGGGAAAUUCUCCACAGACCGGUUUACUGAAAACAUGGACGAAGACACCAGGAGGAGCGAGUUUCCGUCCUCCUUUAGUCCGGAAUUUUCCCACUGAUGGACCGCAUGUCACCGUCUUCCCACUAUUCUUUAUCUCCACUCUGUGCCAUAGCAAUGUUUCCCACCUUCUCCCCUUUUCUUCCCUUUAUUCCCCCCUGCAUCAAUAAGCAUUCCUCAUCUUUGUCAUCCCAUUGCCUAUAGAGCUCUGGCAUCCAUCAAGCGGGCAUCUUUACUGCUCCAAAAGGACUGCCUGAAAUGUCAGCAGCGCUGGGCGGGGCGGGGCGUCUCCUUUUAUUACCCUGUUUAUCUCAGAGAGGGAAAGCAAUAAUAAAAAUAACAGGCUUGAUGUACAUUUUAGAACAGGAAAGAUUUUAUAACUGGGAGCGUCUUUUUGUUUGGGUGACUUUGGCAGCCGUGCGCUACCCGGAGGAGCCGUGCGUGUACUGUACUGUUUUGAGGGGGCAUUGCCAGUUUAAAAACAAAGCCUGUUUAUGAAUCAGCGAGACAGAAAACAGUCUCACAGCACAUCUGCCUUCCUCAGAGUGCAGAGCUUUUGUGACCGUGUUUACCAGAAGAAGCUAUAUUCUCAGUCAGUGAGCUGGUACGAAAGAAACUGCACCGUCCUGCUCUUAAGUGAGAAAAUCUUUUAAUAGAAGGGCCUGCAAACCUGGCAGGCUGUUGUUUCUUUUAAUGAAAUGACAUGCACAACAGUUAUAGGGGAAUGCUUUGGUUUUUAUUUCUAUAUGAAAGUUAACACUAAUGUAAAUAUGUUUGAGUGUUGAUUUUGCAUAUCUCCCUUUAUGGAUUGGUGAAAGUGCUCAAUAAAUCCAUGAAUAGAUACUGAACAAGUGUAU